AUGAUUGUUGAUCCUACAAAUAAUUCCAACUCAAUUCAGAUACCAUUCCUACCAGUACAAGGUGAAUGUUGUAAAGCAGCAUUUGAUGCAACUUAUCCUCAACAACUAACUGGAAUAAUUACAAUCAAUGAAUUUCAAGAAUCAAUAGAAAAUAUUAAUAAAAAAGUUUCUAUUAAGAGAUCUAUGAUAAUUCUCAUUAUAAUUAGUGCUUUUACUUUAUUCCUUUGUUUUCCUCUUGGAAUAAUGAUUUUAUCAUUUCGACGCCAUACUAAGAUGCGACGAGCAAUUGAAGAAGAAUCAGCUAAAUAUUCUACGCGAUCAUCAAAACCAUGUCGUUGGCAUUUAGAUGUUUCUGCAUAUUAUGCUGGCAUGUCUAGAGGUCGCCAACAAUUUGGAGCCGUCUCUUGUAUAAUGAUUGAUAUUGGAGGUUCUGCCGUUCCAACAAAUCAAACAGCUACUCAACCACAAUCAUAUUUCAAUUAA